UUGAUGUUAGAAACUAUAUAUCUUUUCAUUUAAUAAUUUAUGUUUUACAAUUCAGUGUAGUUUGCAAAGUAGAAAACUCAUAAUACAAUUACCAAUGUGAAACAAAAUGAGGAAGAAUUAAAAAAAAAAAAAAAAAACACCCUUAGAGAGAAGUUUUUAAAUGCUAGAAGGAGCCAGUCUUUGAGGCCCCUUUCCAACAAAUUUCCACUGUCUCUUUUCCCUUAGAACAUGGAGGAAAUUAUGGAAGCUUUCUCCUGUUCCAUCUCAAAAAGCCAACCAUAAAAAUCUCUCAUGCAACUUCUACUUCUUCUAUCUUCCUUCAAAAAUCAAAACCCAUAUUCAAUCCCAGACAACUUAAAGGGAAAAAAACGGAAAGAAAAAGAAAACCCACUUUUUUUCAUACCAUCAUUUGCAAUCAAAAUCCAAGUAUAAAAACACCUUGAAUUCCCUUGAACCUUGCGAAGGUUAAGGAAAAGAAAAGAAAAGCUAGGAAAGGAAAGGGAAAGAAAAGAAAAACAACAUCCUACCUAUAUGGAAAUUGAGUCUGUGAGGUGUGAGUGUUGUGAGCUCAAAGAAGAUUGCACACAAGACUACAUCAGUGAUGUCAAGGCCAAAUUUGAUGGGAAAUGGCUAUGUGGGUUAUGCUCGGAAGCCGUGAGAGACGAAGUCAGCAGGGGAAAGAAGCCAUCUGGCGUGGAAGAAGCUGUGAAAGCUCACAUGUCAUUUUGUGGGAAAUUUAGAUUGAAUCCGGCUGUUCGAGUGGCUGACGGUAUGAGGCAGAUGCUGAGGCGAAGGACUGGCAACCUGUCCUCGCCGUCUUCUUCUUCUUCUUCUUCAACUAAGAAUUACACAAGAUCGACGAGCACGAAAUUUUAGGAGUGAUAUGAUUGAAAAAAGAGGAAACAAAGGGGGAGAAAGUUUUCCUUUGUAGGAAUAAUAUUUGCUUAGCAUUUCUUGGCUAAGAGAUCAUAUCAACUCUUCUUCUUGUACAGAGAGGAUGUUAUUUCAAUUGGGACUUCUACUUAUCUUUGCCACUUUCUUUUUUUCUUGAUUUGGUAAGUUUUUAUUUUUUAUUUUUUCUCAAGCUUCAAAGACAUUGUUUCUUUCAAGAAAAAUGUUGAAAAAAAGAACUUUCACAAUACAGUUGUGAUUUUUGUCUCUCUUUAAAAUCUUAAAUGAGGUUUCCUUUUCUUUCCUCUUAACUUUUCUUAAGAAAAUAAAUCAAAUUUCUAUCUUUAAAAUAGUAUUACUACUACAAAUUUUUAUAAAUUUAUAUAUGAGUGUAUCCCUCAUCAAAUGAUUUUUUAGCGAUCCACUAAUAAUAACAGUAGGAUUAUGGGACACUUAUUUUAUUUUGUUUGUAAGGUUUAAUUUAUUUCCAUCUCUCUCUCCUUCCUUCGAUAUUGCAAUUUAUUUCUUCGACUAAUUUUGUCAAUUCAUGUUGCAGACAGUGAAUUAUGUGGACUGUUGCAUAAGACUGAGAAAAAUUAUUGUAUGAAUAAAUAAAUUAAUAAUAA